CGGCUGCCAGUUGGCUGCAGCCCGCGCUCCCGCUAGGACCGCGUCCCGCCGCUGCUCCCGACUCUGCGACCAAUCGUGCUCAUAAAUGAUAUCGAAAAGUUUUGGAUCCACAUAACACGGCGACUACUUCGCGGUCAAGAUGAUGUCCGCGGUAUCAACAACUGGUGUAACCAAAAUUCUUAUUUUAUUGUACACUUUGGGACCAUGUUUUGCUCAGUCGUAUUUGGAAAGUACUUUAACAACUGAAGAGUUAUCAACGAACUUGGGAGAAGCAGAGCCUCGUGACAACGGCCUGGACCUGGAGUUCAGGUACCAUGACCACGACCAGCUGACGCGCUACCUGCGCGCGGUGUCCGCCAAGUACCCCGCGCUCACGGCUCUCUACUCCAUUGGGAAAUCUGUACAAGGUCGCGACCUGUGGGUGAUGGUGGUCUCCGCGUCUCCAUACGAGCAUAUGAUCGGCAAGCCCGACGUCAAGUACGUGGCCAAUAUCCACGGCAACGAGGCUGUGGGCAGAGAGUUGCUGCUCCAUCUGAUUCAGCACCUAGUAACAUCUUACGACACCGACGCGUACGUGAAAUGGUUGUUGGACAACACCAGGAUCCACCUGAUGCCCUCCAUGAACCCGGACGGUUACGCCAUCUCCAAAGAGGGACAGUGUGACACCAUACACGGCAGGCACAACGCCCGUCGCUACGACCUGAACCGCAACUUUCCGGACUACUUCAAGGCGAACACGAAGCAGCCGCAGCCGGAGACCGAGGCCGUGAAGGAGUGGAUCAGCAAGAUCCAGUUCGUGGUGUCAGGCUCCCUGCACGGUGGCGCGCUCGUCGCCUCCUACCCCUUCGACAACACGCCCAAUGCUAUGUUCCAAAGCUACGCGCACUCGCCGUCCAUCGCGCCCGACGACGACGUGUUGCGGCACCUGGCGCUGGUGUACUCGCGCAACCACGCCAAGAUGGCGCGCGGCGUCUCCUGCAAGUCCGGCUCGCCGCGCUUCGAGAACGGCAUCACCAAUGGCGCCGCUUGGUACCCUCUCACAGGAGGCAUGCAGGACUACAACUACCUGUGGCACGGCUGCAUGGAGAUCACGCUGGAGAUCUCCUGCUGCAAGUACCCGCCAGCCCAUGAGCUUCACAAGUACUGGCUCGACAACAGAGAGUCGCUGAUCAAGUUCCUGGCGGAGGCUCACCGCGGCGCGCACGGCUUUGUGACGGACGAGAGCGGCAACCCGGUGGAGCGCGCGUCCAUCCGCAUCAAGGGCCGCGACGUCGCCUACCACACCACCAAGUACGGCGAGUUCUGGAGGAUACUGCUGCCCGGGACCUACCGGCUCGAUGUUGCAGCCGACGGCUACCUGCCGCAGGAGGUGGAGUUCAUCGUGGUGGACAGCCACCCCACGCUCCUGAACGUUACCUUACAUUCCGCGAAGCGUAUCGACGGCGGGCCCUACUACCGGCCGGUGUCGCUGCCGCCGCGCCCGCCGCCCGCGCCCGCCGGCUCCGGCAUCUUCGCAUCACUCACCAACUCUUUUAACAGCUUCGUAUCGAAUAUCUUUGGAUAACUCUCUAUUUAUGACGCACGACUUGUAAAUCUCGACAGCGGUUUUCAUUUUUAAAAACUUUCUCUAUAUUACCUACCCGCUUGGCUUGUACUCGUCCAUUUGACGAAAGAACCAUACUGUUUUCUAAAUGUAUCAAUAAAUCGUAUUGCAUCGCUAUUAUCAGACAGUCGUGCACCACAUAUUGUUAUUUUUGCACACGUGUGCGAAGACAAUGACUGCACAUAAUAAUAUGUCUCGUUUGACUAAGAUGAAUAUGUAGGAACCGAAGCGUACGAGUACAUACUUAGUUCUUUUAAAAGAGUGAGAUAAAAAAAAGAUGAAGCUCUCUUUGAGGCAUAAUGUAAUGACCCUACCGAUUAGAUUAGCGUAAAACACGUAUAUUACAAUUAAAUACUGGCAUGCAAAUAUACAGCUGUUUUCAUGGCAAUGCCAAAAAUAUGAGAUCUCGAAAGGACUUUUUUUCCUUCGCGCUGUAAACAUUGUAAAUAGAUUUAUAGAUUUAGAGCUAUAUUAUUUAUUUUAAUUAAUAAGAAAUAAAAAAUUGUUUAUGAAAGUC